CUUUAGUUCAUCAUCCCUUUAUAAUCGCCGUCGUAGAUCUUCAGUUUCACCGGCUUUUGGGAGGAGCCACACGACCAUGGAGGAACACCAUUGCUGCUUUUACUCGAAAAUGCUCUCAAAAUUCAGCUUCGGUUCAUUCCUAAUCAUCUUAUCACUCUUUCUAAUGUUUCGUCUGCUCUAUGUUCUAUACCGAUGUGGCAAACCUUUUCCCAAAGGAGCUUCAACGUCUUUUAGUACACUUAUUGUUCUUGGUUCUGGGGGACACACGGCAGAGAUGUUGAGUCUUCUCUCGGUUUUGCGGAUGGAUAGAUACACACCCAGGUUCUACAUUGCUGCUGCUACUGAUAACAUGAGUCUCCACAAAGCUCGUUCCUUUGAAGAUUCUCUAGCUCACAAGCCUUCUGCUGUUAAGGAAUCGUCCUUACAGUAUGCACAAAUUUACCGGAGUAGAGAAGUUGGUCAGUCUUAUGUGACUUCUGUUUGGACUACUCUUGUUGCUAUUGUUCAUGCUCUCUGGCUAAUGAUCCGGAUCAGACCACAAGUGAUUCUUUGCAAUGGUCCUGGGACUUGUAUUCCUCUGUGUGGAAUCGCUUUCUUGUUCAAGGUGUUGGGAAUUAGAUGGUCAUCCAUCUUUUAUGUUGAGAGUGUAGCAAGAGUUAAGAAGCUCUCAUUAAGCGGACUGCUACUGUAUAAGUUAAGGAUGGCUGAUCAGUUCUUUGUUCAAUGGCCACAUUUGCAAAAGCAGUACCCUCGGGCUCACUAUGUUGGCUGCCUGAUGUAACCUGACUUUGGGAACCAUCCUCACACACAGAUUUGCUACAAAACUUUGAAUACAUACAACGCCUACACUCUCUCAUUUUAUACAGGACUGAAUCACAUUUGGUAAUACUACUCGUAUUUGGUUGCUAUUAACUCAAUUGUUAAUUUCCGAAGUUGGUGAUAUCAUUCCACUGAGCUUACUGUGUGAUAUGGACAAUCUUCUUCAAAACUAUUUAUAUGAACUCAAAACUGUACAUAGAAAAAUGUAUCCCACUCGCUUGAACCAUUACAAAAUCAAACAAAAGAGCUUUUAUAUAGGAUUAUAUGCAUGAAUGUGCACACAACGUUUUUAUGUUUGUUUGUGUAACCCAUUCAUACAGCAACAUUUCACCAUGUCUGUGUACCAUCAUCCUCGACAGGGCUUGUGUUACUUCUCUUCAACUGCUUCUCAUCAAGAUAGUGCUGAUAGACAAACGAUAGGAAGCCCCAUAUAGCUAAAACGAUGGAGAAGAUCUUCGAUGCUUCCAUCUUAUCAUGGAAGACAAUCACAGCUAUGACUGGUACUAUAGGCAACCCCACAGCGGUUAUGGAGUUGGAAAACACAGAAGAUGACUCAAAGAUCAAACCCACAAGACCAACAGUGUAUACUUGCCAAGAGAUAGCUGCCGAGGCUAAGGUCAGGACAUAAGAAACUUGCCCAAGUUUGUAGUUUCUCAUCUCACUAGGUAAAGUUCUCCACUCUCCACUCGCAAAAAGUCCAAUGAGAAUUACACAGCUUGCAACUAGAGACUGGUAGAUAGUCAAGUCCAUAACUACUGAAGAUGUAUGCUCCUUGAAAACCUUCCUAAAGAGGAGUUGUAUCAAAGAUAACAGCAGUCCUAUCCCAGCAGAAGCGCCGAUGGUGCAUAUGAACCCGAUCACGUACUGUACUUGAGAGACAUUUGGUGUGUCUUCCGACUCGGUGUUAGCCACUAGGAGGGCAGAGGAGACAGUAAGGAGAAACAGAGAGUUGACUAUGAAGGGAGUGAACUUUUGUGAGUUAAGGAAGUAUGAGAAGAAGGCAGUGAAGGCUAACUGUGAGGCUAAGAUGAGGGAGAAGGUGGAAACAGGUAAGUAAAGUAAACCAAUUGCAUAGAGAUAAGCGUAAGCAGAUAGUAUAAGUCCAGUGCACAUGUAAACUGAUACAAGGGUUGUGAAGGAAGGGGACUGGUUGACAUUUGUAUCUGUUGAUUUUGGUUGUCUUAGUUGUGAAAAGAAGUUGAAGAGAAUCAAAACAGGGAAGCCAAUGAGUGGGAGGAGUGUUACCACGUAGGUGCUCUCUCCACCAUUUUCAUAGUACAAUCUACCAAGAAUUGUAGCAAGUGGUUGGCAGAAGAGGACAAAGAACACAUAGAUGGAGAGACGAAUCCACCUCUUAUAGUUCUUGGUUUGAGAUUCUGAUGAUGAGGAGGAUUCAGUUGCCUCAACAUCUAUCAGGUUUGCUUCUAAGUUCUGGUCACCUGAAAAGUUAACACUUAUGAUUAUUAGAUUUCUUGAAAAGAGUCAAACGAAGUACACUAUCAUGCAUCUUUCUUACCAUUGGCAUAGAGUUCUUGAGAUCUGUCCAUGAGAAAUGAGAAGGUGAGAAGAAAAGUUCAGAAGAAAUUUUUUUGUUGAUUGUUAUUUGUUUGAGAGCUCUCUUUAUACACAACUUGUAGAUAA